AUGGCAGAUUUAUUUGAAGAUUAUGACUACACUGAGCGAGAAACCCAGGAAAACCCUCCAAAUUCAUUCCAUUUUUCAGCAAUUCUUGCUUUAGCGCUAUUUGUGUCUUCAUAUACCUUAAGCGAUCCUGAUGGAAAAGCAGAAUACGCUUUACAAAAACAUUUUUUCCAAUCAACCGGGAUUUUAUUUAUAGGGAUUAUCGUUGGGAUGUACUCUUGGUGCAAAAUGAAAUCGAAAAUCGGGAUUUUGCCAAAUUUGUAUCACAGCACUUUGGUCCAGCCUAUAUGAAGAUUAGGGGAAACAGAAAAAAUUCGAUUUCGAAUGGCACCAGGUGUAGGGAAAUGUAUGAUAAGUGCAGGACUAAUGUUUAUAGCCCAUAGUUUAUAUUAAAAAAAUAAUGAAUAAAUCAUAAUUAAAAAUUAAAUAAAAUAGCUUAAUUAAUACUGAUAAAGCAUAAAUACCUUUGUGAGUUAUUAUGACAACGAUUUUUUGAUGCACGGCUCAAUUGAUUUUAUGAUAUAUCUUGUAGGGGUUUUCGUAUUGAUCAUCACAUUUUACAUUUACAAAUUUUCCUAUACACUUUCUCAGGUUUUUGGGGUUUCUUUAUCAGUAACCGGCAGUAUAUGAUUUUUCAUGACUUUAGACAUGGUUAAACAUUGGCAUUUAAUUAUUUUACAAAUUGUAUCAGUAAUUUGUUAUACUGUAAGCGUAAUUUUGCUUGUACUUGCAAGUAAAAAGGAAUUAGACACUCAUACAGCAGGGAUUAUUCAGUUAUUUAUGCAGGGUUUAUUGCAGCUGUUUUCUUUUGUGGUAUUUUAUUUAUUUUUAACAUCAGCAGCGAUAUCAGCUAGUGAAUUAAUUAUUGAAGUAAUUUGUGGAUGCCUUUUUGGAUUAGCGGUUUAUUUUAUGACUGAGUCUCUUAUGAAAGAUAGCCCUGGGAUUUCUAUAAAUAUUGUGCUAUUAAAAGGAAUUAUCUAUGGGUUCUUUAUUAGUGAAAGCUAUGGAGCUUAUAAUAUUAUCCCAUUUUCUACAUGUAUGGCUGGGCUAUUUUUUAUGGUUUUUGGUGAUUUUAUAUUCAACAAAUUUUCCUGCAGACUUAACCAAAGCUUAUUGAAGCAUAGAUCUUCUAUAACAACACCUUUAUUAAAAGAUAAUCUUUAA